AUGGAACCAACUCUUUAUUCGGAUCAUCUAAAAGGUUUAGAUGCCUUUUGCGGCGAAAAGUUCUGGGAUGAUAAUAUAUGGAAUUCAACUCAUAUUCCAACAUUGACUCAAUGUUUUCAUCAUACGGUUCUCGUAUGGAUUCCAUGCUUAUUCACUUUUUUUUGUGCCCCCGUUCUAACUGGACAAAUCUUUUAUCGAAAUGAAAAUCCUUUGCCAUGGACACGUCUUUUGCUUUCUAAAGUGACGCUCGCAAUAACUCUCGUCAUACUAUCCUUUUUGCUUUUUGCCAUGGCUUUCUAUCAAGCAGUAGCUUCUGAUUUUCCGGAUGCCGUGGAAUUUGUCUAUCCAUUGAUGCUCUGUCUAGCAAUGAUUAUUCUAUCCAUAUUUGGAUAUUCUUGUCGAGUAUAUGGAAAAGUCACAUCUGGCGGUCUGUUCCUAUCCUGGGUAUUAUUUGCUUUUUGCGGUGUUCCUGAAUUAUAUUACUGGUUACAUAGACUUGGUAGCUCUCAGAAAAUGGGGUUCUAUGAUCAUGCUCGCUGUUUUGCUUACUUGGUUUGGUGGCCCAUAACUGCUAUCGAGGCAGUAAUGUAUGCCUUCUCGGAUAGCCCAGCUUCUAACUAUAAAUCCCUUAAUGAAGAUGGGAUCACUUCGCCAGAAAUGACUUCCUCAUUCUUGAAUCGUUUGACGAUGCGUUGGUUCAAUGACAUCUGCUCAAAAGGAUUGAAGAGACCAUUGGAAGUUCAAGAUCUCUAUGCUUUAAACGAUGAUGAUUCUUCGACUGUAUUAGUUCCUAAAUGGUUCAAGCUGUGGGACAAAGCCUUAAAAGAUUACAACGGAAGGCGGUCCCGUGCUAAUACUCUUAGAUCUCGUGCAAGCACAAGAAGGUCUAGGUCUGCCAGUACUGAUCAGACACCCUUACUUCAGACUGAGGAGACAGACGACUAUGGAUCUCUGCCAAUUAAACCCCCAUCUCUUAAACCACCUUCCAUUCUUUGGUGCUUGUUCAAACUAUUUAAAUGGGACGUCAUCACAGCUAUGUUUGUAAAGCUAAUAUCUGAUCUUCUUAUAUUUUGUAAUCCUGUACUACUUAAAUCACUCAUCAAUUUUGUUGAACAUCCCGAAGCUCCUUUAUGGCAGGGUAUUGUUCUUGCACUAACAAUGUUUGGUUGCUCACAAUUAUCAUCACUGUUACAAUCACAUUACUUUUACUUGAUGUAUCGUGUUGGUACCAGAGUUCAAACAUGUCUAACAGCUGCCGUAUACAAAAAAACAUUGCGACUAUCCAAUGCUGCCAGAAGAGAGCGCACUGUCGGAGAAAUCGUUAAUCUAAUGUCAAUUGAUAUUGACAGAUUCCAACAGAUCUCUCCUCAAACUAUGCAAUACUGGAGUAAUCCAUUGCUGAUUGGUUUAUCACUCUUCUUCCUUUGGCGACAAAUCGGAGUUUCUGUCAUGUCUGGUGUUGCCGUAAUGCUUGCACUUUUCCCCAUCAACUUCUUUAUAACAAUGGUGAUACGAAAAUGGCAAGUUCAACAAAUGAAAUAUAAAGAUGAACGAACCAAAAUGGUUAAUGAAGUGCUGAAUGGCAUAAAGGUUAUCAAACUUUAUGCUUGGGAGCCUCCAAUGGAAAGUGUUAUUGUAUCUCUCCGUGAGAAAGAAUUGAAACUAAUCAAGAAAGCAUCUUUCCUUCGCACAUUCUCUGAUAUGUUGAACACUGCUUCACCUUUCCUGGUCGCCUUAUUCACAUUCUCUACAUUCAUUUUCAUUGAUCCUAAGAAUGUUCUGACACCUAACAUUGCCUUUGUUUCUCUCACACUUUUCAAUCAAAUGCGCUCGCCCAUGUCGCAAGUUGCUGAACUCAUAACACAAACUGUUCAAGUCUUUGUCUCAAACAAACGGCUGAAAGCAUUCUUGGUAGCUGAGGAGUUGUCACAGGAAUGCAUCGACACACAAGCUCGCGAUAAUGAUGAUUGCAUUAAUGUUACCGAUGCUAAUCUUUCUUGGGAGCCCGAAGAUCAGAGUGCCACCUCACUUUCGGAACUUAAUUUCUCUGUUCAAAAGGGGCAGCUCAUUACUGUUGUUGGCCGAGUUGGAGCUGGAAAGAGUUCAUUGUUGCAAGCUUUACUAGGCGAAAUGGAAAAACUUAGAGGAUAUAUCGGUAUGAGCGGAAGAGUUUCCUAUGUUCCUCAACAAGCUUGGAUGCAAAACAACAGCAUGCGACAAAACAUCACAUUUGGAAAGAAGUUUGAUGAGUAUUUCUACAACCGUGUUUUGGAUGCAUGUGCUUUGUAUCCUGAUCUCCAAAUGUUACCUUUGGGAGAUAUGACAGAGAUUGGUGAGAAAGGAAUCAACUUGUCCGGUGGGCAGAAAGCCCGUAUUUCGCUUGCCCGUGCAGUCUAUCAAAACCAUGAUGUAUACCUUCUUGAUGAUCCUAUGAGUGCCGUUGAUUCACACGUUGGUGCCCAGCUCUUCUCUGCUGUUAUUGGUCCUGAAGGAAUGUUGAGAAACAAAACUAGAAUUUUGGUAACUAACGAAUUAUCGUUCUUGAAGCAUUCAAACUUGAUUCUUAUCAUGAAUGACGGUAAAAUUGAGCAUGAGGGUAGCUAUGCUGAAUUAAUGCAGCAAGGUGCUCUUGCUCCUUUACUUGAAGAAUGUGAAAAGGAGGAACGUGAUCGUCGAAAGAAGGAAGAAGAAGAAGCGCAAGAAGAGGCUGGCUAUGAAGAUUGCAGCGACAUUGACUAUGACGAUGAGAUUGUAGCUGAAUCUCCUCUUAUCGAUUCGGUUCUUGGAACAUCCCAUAUGUCAACUGUUUCUGGCAUCAUAGCUAAGAGAAGAAUGAGUACAUCGACUGUAAGAAAACGUAGGCGAUUAUCUACUGUUAAGCCGAGCGUUGUAUCAUCGGGAACCGGCGGAGGUGGUGGACAACUAACACAAGUGGAAAGAGUUGAAACUGGUCGAGUCAAAUUCGAUACUUAUUCCAUUUACUUCGGAGCUAUGGGUUUCACGCUUGCUGUUCUUUUCUUCACUGGAAUGACAAUAAGCACAGCGUUGUCUAUGGCAAGAAGUUUCUGGUUGACGAGUUGGUCUAACGAUAACAAACGAAAUGAAACAGCUCAGAGUGUACCCACUCGCUUAGGUGUUUAUGCUGCACUCGGUUUUGCUGAAAUUAUUUCUGUGUUUGUCGGUAUGCUCUCUUUACUUUUCGGAGGAGUUCUUGCUUCCAAAAACCUGCAUGCUCCACUUUUACAUUCCAUUUUCCGUGCUCCAAUGUCAUUCUUCGAUACAACUCCAUUCGGAAGAAUUCUGAAUAGAAUUGGAAAAGAUAUUGAAACCGUUGAUUUAUUGUUACCUUUGAAUGUUCAAUUCUUCGUUCAAUGCCUGAUGCAAGUCGCCUCCACAAUUCUAAUGAUUAUGAUCUCAACUCCAAUCUUCGGUAUAGGCGUCGUUCCUUUGGGAAUCAUUUAUCUUCAAGUUAUGCGUUAUUAUAUUGCUACUUCACGACAGCUCAAAAGAUUAGAAUCCAUCACUAGAUCUCCAAUUUACAGUCACCUUAGUGAAAGUAUUCAGGGUGCAUCAACUAUUCGAGCUUAUAGACUAGUAGACCGUUUUUGCAAAAUUUCCGACAACAAAGUAGAUGCUCAUGUUCAAUGUCGUUAUUUGAGUUAUGUGGCUAACAGAUGGAUGUCUGUACGCUUGGAAUUUGUGGGUAACAGUAUCGUUUUGUUUGCUGCUCUGUGUGCUGCUCUUAUGAGGGAAACAACAUCCUCCGGAGAUAUAGGUUUAUCUGUUUCAUAUGCUCUUAAUAUCACUACCGUUCUCAACUUUGCUGUUAGACAGAUUAGUAAACUUGAGACCAAUAUAGUUUCGGUUGAGAGGGUAAAGGAAUAUUCUGAUACUGUGACAGAAGCAGAAUGGAAAUCAUUAGACGGUGAAGAACCACCGAAAGGCUGGCCUAGUUCUGGAGUGAUCACACUUAACAAUUACUCAACCAGAUAUCGCCCCGGUCUUGAUCUUGUUGUAAAGGACAUCAAUGCUGAAAUAGGUCCACAUGAGAAGAUCGGAAUUGUUGGGCGAACAGGCGCAGGAAAAUCAUCAAUCACUCUUGCUUUAUUCCGCAUGAUUGAAGCAGCCGAAGGAAACAUCGUAAUUGAUGGAAUAAACAUAGCAAAACUUGGUCUUCAUGAUUUACGUAGCAACAUUACUAUUAUUCCUCAAGACCCAGUUCUUUUCUCGGGAACAUUAAGAUUCAAUCUCGAUCCUUUCGGACAUCAUAGUGAUAAUGAUAUCUGGCAUGCUUUGGAAAUGGCAAACUUGAAGCCUUUCGCUAUGUUGCAGCCUGCUAAGUUGGAACAUGAAAUAACGGAAGGAGGAGAGAACAUUAGUGUCGGACAGCGCCAAUUAGUAUGUUUGGCAAGAGCCUUAUUGAGAAAGUCAAAGGUCUUGGUACUCGAUGAAGCCACUGCUGCGGUUGAUGUGAGCACCGACGCAUUAAUUCAAAGAACCAUCCGGGAAGAAUUUGCCGAUUCAACUGUUUUAACUAUCGCUCACAGAUUGAAUACUAUUUUAGAUUAUGACAGAAUUAUUGUGCUUAGCGAAGGCAGAGUUUCUGAGUUCGACAGCCCCAAAAAACUUCUGGCUGACAAAAAAUCUGAUUUCUAUAGUAUGGCUAAAAAAGCUGGAGUUGCUCCUUAA